AUGUCGAAAGCGGCGUCAAUGUUCCGGUCCAAGAAGCUGGACCUCUCCGGCUUCGUCAACACCCGCCUGAUCCGCGACCACAACAAGCGCAAUGCCUUUGAGCAGAUGGAGCCCGAGCGCCAAGCGCUUCGCUACAUGAUCCGCAACACCACCCUCCCCCAGCGAGUCCGCGCCCAGGCCCAGCUCCAGCUGUCGCAAAUGCAUGUCUACACCCGCCCGACACAGAUCAAGAACCGAUGUGUGGCCUCAGGAACUGCUCGCAGUGUCUUCCGGGAUUUCAGACUCAACCGGUUCCAAUUCCGUAUGCAGGCACUCGCUGGCGAGCUUCCGGGUGUUAAGAAGGCCAGUUGGUAA